AUGGGAUAUUAAAGCAGAGGAUAAACUUAUGUAUUAUUAAAAAUAAGUUAUAAAAUUUUAGUGGAGGUGGUUAAUAUGAUGUAGAAGGAAACGGAAUUAAGAUUGGAUAAUGGAUUGAGCUAAACGAUCAAUAUGAAUAGAAUUUAUAAAUAACAGAAAUUGGUGAAUAUAAUAAUGGUAAAAAGUUUGGUAGAUGGGAUAUCAAAGUUGAAAAUAAAUUUAAGUAUUAUUAAAAACAAGUUAAAAUAUUUUAGUGGUGGUGAAUUAUAUGAUGGAGGAGGAAUGAAAAUUGGAAAAUGGAUUGAAAUAAGAGAUGUAUUUGAAUGGGAUUCCUAAAUUACUUAUAAUGGAGAAUAUAAAAAUGAUAAAAAAAUUGGUAGAUGGAAUAUUCUGUAUAGGUAUAAUAGCAGAAAAGAAUUUGAAUAAAUGUAAAUAUUAAAAUUAGAUAUUUAAUUUUUUUAGUGGUGGCGGUUCAUAUCAUAAAUAAGGGGAUGGGAUUAAAGUUGGUAAGUGGAUAGAGUUAAGUAAUUAGUUUGAUUUGAGAUCGUAAGUCAUUUACAAUGGUGAAUAUCAAAAUGGUAAAAAAAUUGGUAGAUGGGAUAUAUUAUAAAGAGAUAGCAGUAGUUAUCCGUUUGAAUAGAUGUAAACUUAUUUAUUAAUUAUAUACUUUAAGUGGCGGUGGAUCAUAUGAUGAAGGUGGUGAUGAAAUUAAGAUUGGAUAAUGGAUUGAAUUAACUGAUAAUUUUGGGAAUCGUUUUUGGAAUAAGAGAAAAGUCACUUUUAAUGGUGAAUAUAAAUAAGGUAAAAAAUUUGGGAUUUGGGUGACUAUGGACAUAGAAAAUGAUUAGAAAUUGAAUGAAAUGAAAUAUGAUUUAUGA